CUCGCGUUGUCGAAAAAAAAUGAAGCAUUCAGUUUACAAGUUCUAUGUUCAUUCACCUGGGCUAGAGAAAUACAGAAAGAGUUAAUAUAUCUUGUAGCGUUCAACAUUUUUCUGUCCAUCACUGCAGUUCUUGGCAAUAUUCUGAUCCUCGUUGCCCUUCGCAGGGUGUCUUCCCUUCAUCCGCCGUCCAAACUUUUGUUUAGAUGUCUGGCCACAACUGAUCUCUGCGUUGGUCUUAUUACAGAGCCUCUCAGUGUUGUCUAUUGGAUGUCUCUGGCUUACGAACGACGGAAUCUUUGUCGCUACUCAUAUAUCUCGUUUUUUAUUGUCAGUUAUACUUUGUGUUCAGUAUCUUUGCUUACAAUGAGUGCAAUUGGUGUGGACAGACUUCUCGCCCUAUUGUUAAGGCUGAGAUAUAGACAAGUUGUAACUUUAAUGCGAACUUAUUUGAUUGUAGUUAUCGUUUGGAUUAUGUCCGCUGUUGCUUCAAUAUCAUUCAUUGGAAAUCACCUUGUAACUAUAUGGUAUGGCUAUUUAGUUAUACCAUUGUGUCUAGUAAUCUCAAUUGCCUCGUACACAAAGAUUUUCCUCAAACUCCGCCAUCAUCAGAAACAAGUCCAGGGCCAUGUCCAACAGGAACAACCAAGCCAACCUGCUCCACUGAACAUACAGCGAUACAGAAAAGCAGUGUCUAGUGCACUGUGGGUGCAGCGUACAUUAGUUGCUUGUUAUUUACCAUAUGGUAUAGUGAGAGCUUUAUUUAGUUAUGGUAAAUCAUCUUCAUCCAGUUUUCUGAUUUUGGGACUUGAAAUGUCUUUAAUUUACUUGAACUCAACGUUAAACCCAUUUCUUUACUGCUGGAAGAUCAGCGAAGUGAAGCAAGCAGUAAAGGAGACAAUCAGAGAAGCGCUUUGCUGUUUAUCGUGUUAA